GAAAAAGAGUUCUUUAGGUUAUUACUAAAAACUUAACAAUAAUAUAAAUAAAACCUUUGUAAAUAAAUUAAUGUCUCGCGCCACUUUUCAAACCCUAUUAUAACUGAUAGUGUGGCAGCACUGCAAAGUAAUGCCAACAUAACGCACCAAGCGCCUCUUUCAUUUUGUCUGUUUUAUUCGCCGAGUUCUUAAAUUCCCAACGAGUCCCUAACCACUUCAAAGAUGGGUAGGGAGGACAAGGCAACCUGGAAGUCUAACUACUUCGUCAAGCUUAUCCAACUUUUGGAAGACUACCCAAAGUGCUUCAUCGUGGGCGCUGACAAUGUCGGUUCAAAGCAAAUGCAACAGAUUCGUAUCUCCCUUCGUGGAACGGCCGUCGUACUCAUGGGAAAGAACACCAUGAUGCGCAAGGCGAUUAAAGGUCAUCUGGAACGCAAUGCUGCUUUGGAGAAGUUACUGCCCCAUAUUAAGGCUCUUGGAGAACAAAGUGAGGGCCCCCAGCGCGUGCCGGAGCAAUUGCCCCCGCUUCCCGUGGUCAUUCCAGCCCAAAACACUGGUCUGGGUCCGGAGAAAACCUCCUUCUUCCAAGCCUUGAGCAUCCCGACCAAGAUUUCCAAGGGUACCAUCGAAAUUAUUAACGAUGUGCACAUCUUGAAGCCCGGAGACAAGGUGGGUGCCUCUGAAGCCACUCUUCUGAACAUGCUGAACAUCUCGCCGUUCUCGUACGGUCUCAUGGUCGAGCAGGUUUACGACUCUGGCACCAUUUUCGCCCCCCAAAUUCUCGACAUCAAGCCGGAGGACUUAAGGGCCACUUUCAUGGCCGGCGUUGCCAACUUGGCUUCCGUUUGUUUGAGCAUCGGUUACCCCACGACCGCCUCGGCGCCGCACAGCAUCGCCAACGGGUUCAAGAACCUCUUGGCUUUGGCUGCUGUUACGGACGUCGAGUUCAAGCAGGCUACCACCAUCAAGGAGUUCAUCAAGGACCCCAGCAAGUUUGCAGCUGCCGCUGCCCCAGCUGCAGCAGCUGCUCCAUCCGCAGCCGCUCCCGCCGCCAAAAAGGAAGAAAAGAAGGAAGAAUCAGAAGAAGAGGAUGACGAUAUGGGUUUCGGUCUCUUUGACUAAACUCGAAGUUUUUUUUACUCUUUUGACUCUAAGAAUAAAAAAUGUUUGCGUUUGCUAGCAGCCAGGCUGUCAUUAAACGAUGAAACUUAGUUAAUAAAGUUUUAUUUAAGUUUCC